GGGUUUUGGUCUCUCUCUUCUCUGUAUCCUUAGACUCGCCUCACGCACGCAUCCACAACGCACUUUUCUCCGACUCCAGCCCGUCACAUCGCAUCACUCCAAUAAUGUCAAGCACAACAAUCCACCAGAACGUCGUUCCUUCCGAAGUCGGAUGGCAAUUCGUCCCCCAGUACUACACUUUCGUCAAUAAAGAACCCAAUCGUUUGCACUGUUUCUACACUAAAUCCUCCACCUUCAUUCACGGCACAGAGGGCGAAGACAUCCAGCCAUGUUUUGGCCAACAGGAAAUCCACAACAAGAUCACCUCGAUUGGCUUCAAGGACUGCAAAGUCUUCAUACACUCCGUCGACGCCCAGGCCUCCGCCAACGGCGGCAUCAUCAUCCAGGUCAUCGGCGAGAUGUCCAACGCCGGCGCCGACUGGCGCAAGUUCGUUCAGACCUUCUUCCUCGCCGAGCAGCCCAACGGCUACUUCGUCCUCAACGACAUCUUCCGCUUCCUCAAGGAGGAGACUGUCGAUGAGGACGUCGCCGAGGACGGCGAUGCCUCCUCCGCACCUGAGGCUGCCGUCGCUCCCGGCGAGGCUGCUGCUGUCGAGCCCUUGUCCGUACCCGAGCUUGAGCAGGAGCCACCACGAGAACCCACACCUCCGCCUGUCGCCCCUCCCGUUGCGGAGGAGCCCGUCACUGUUGCCCCCGAGCCGGCAUCGCCACCCACUGCCCCGGAGUCCAAGCUCAACGGCACCGCUGAAUCCGCUCCCGAGCCUACACCCGCUCCCGCCCCCCAGGAACCACCUGCGCCCGCUCAGCCCGAGCCUGCACCUGCACCUGCACCCGCGGCGGCACCACCCGCGGCACCAUCACCCGCUCCUUCCUCCUCUGCUCCUCUCCCGGCCGCUGCACCCCCACCUCCUGCUGCAGCGCCUGCGCCCGCACCAGCGCCCGUCUCUACGACGCCAAAGACAUGGGCCUCGCUCGCCGCGUCUAACUCGAAGAAGUGGGGCCCCGCCGUCGCGCAGGAAUCGCGCGGCAUGAGCGAAGCCGCGCCCGCGACCUCGAGCAGCCCCGUGCCCUCAAGCGGCACCCAGACACCCACAACUCGCGGCGGCGCCCCGCAGCGCGGUGGGCACCAGCAAGGCCAAGGCCAAGGUCAAGGCCAGGGCCAGGGCGGCGCCGGCGGCGCAGCGGCUGUGCAGGCGCUGACGACAUCGCAGUGCUUCAUCAAGGGCGUCGUCGAGCCCGUGACGCAGGCGCAGCUCGCGGGGACGCUCACGGCGCGCUUCGGGCCCGUCAAGGACGUCGAGAUCAUCCGCAACAAGGCGUGCGCGUUUCUCGAGUUCCUCAGCCUCGACGCUGCGAAGCGCGCGAUUCAGGCGUCGCUCCCGCAGGCCCAGGGCGGCGAGGGCGGGGUCCGCGUGGACGUCGGCGGGGGCGAGACGGUUAGGAUUGUGGUUGAGACGCGGAAGGAGCGCGGAGAGCGCCCGCCCGCGAGGGGGCGGGGCGGGCCCCCGCCGAAUGGCGAGAUGCGCGGUGGGUAUAGGGCGCGUGGCGGCCCCGGUGGGCGCGGGCGCGGUGGGCCGCCUGCGGGCAAGUAGGUAGGCGCACGGCCGUGUAGGCGUUUGUGGUUCUUGGUCGAAGAUUUGUCGUCGGUGGUGGAUGGAGAUGGAGGGGACGCCGCGUGAUGGGAUGGUUCGAGGUGGACGUGUGUGUUGAACGGGUCCAUCGUGUCGCCAUCUGUGCGCGUGUGCGUAGGGUCGUCCAAAAGCUCCUUGUUGUUCCGCAAAAACGUGUGUGUGUAGUAGGUUUCCUUUUUGUUUCUCUUGUUAUUCCCGCCCAUCCCUGGCUUUGUGGCUUUUACGUAUUGUUGUUGUUGUUGUGUGUAGCGAUGUGUCGGUGUCGGUGGCCAGUGCAGUCUGCCUCACUCGUAUACUCGAGCCUAGCUAUGCUUUUGUCAUUGUUAUCGUUAUCAUCAUCCCAAUUACCUCUACUACGUUCCAAUUCACCCGUAAUGGCAUGCCUCUUUCG